GAGAGAGAGAGAGAGUAGCGGUGUAGCGGAUCAGGAACUUUUCGUCACGCGCUAGCGCGAGCGUCGCGAGGUAUAGAUUGUAUACCUCGCUCUAGCGUCGCGGAUACAUUUGCCAAUAAUGCGUGAGUUUCGUACAGCCGACUGACCGAUCGCCAGCUUGCAGCGGACGCACGCGAGUUUCGAACGUCCCGCGACACGACUGUCUUCCUAAUCCUCCCUCGCCUGCAUCGCUGUCCACGCUCAGAUUCAUCAGCUGACAAGAUUCACGUCGCGAAUGUUACGUCACGCUGCUGUUGCUGCUCGGCCGACAGACCCACCGCUCGUCUCCCAUCGUCUCUUCUCCGAAAAUGAUCGCGAAUCUUCUGCAGUUCUAGUUGUCUCGCUAGUGUUGGGUGAGUACCUAAACAUGAUCGCACGACAGUAUACGGGAAAGAGCUGUCACUUGCCCUGACGACGAGCGAGCAGCUUCGAAUUCCAAACUUCCAAGAUGAGGGUCAUCCUGGUCAAGUUUCGAGAAGUUACGAAAAAGUAUCCGGUGGUGCGGGGCAUGGCUUCGUACACCGUCAUCUGGCCCGUGGCUAGUCUCAUUCAGCAGAAGAUCACAGGAAAGGAGCACCUCGACUACAUGCAGGCGAUGAGGUUCAGCAUCUACGGCGGUUUCUUCGUGGCUCCAACCCUCUACUGUUGGCUGAAAUGUGCAUCGCACUUCUGGCCCAAGUCUGAUCUCAAAUCAGCGAUCACCAAGGCUCUCGUUGAACAAGUGACUUAUGGACCCAGUGCGAUGUGCUGUUUCUUCUUCGGUAUCAAUCUCUUGGAGCUUAAACCCAUUUCAGUCUGUCUGAAUGAAGUCAAAGAAAAAUUCUGGCCAACGUACAAGGUUGCGGUGUGCGUGUGGCCAAUUCUUCAGACUGUCAACUUUCUUGUCAUACCUGAAAAGAAUCGAGUAGUAUACGUUAGUGUAUGUAGUCUUAUGUGGACCUCGUUCCUUGCCUACAUGAAAUCUCUGGAAUCUAGGCGGAAUCUAGAAAUAUCCAGUGACAAGAGUGACCCAAAAGAACAAAUAAUAGGACAUAGCAUAAAUGCAAAGCAAAGUGCAUUGGAAGAAGUAGAAAAGUCCAGCACGUGGACGUCAGCUCUACGAUGAUGUUACGUUUUUUAUUUAAAUGGGAUUCCGACUAGCUUAAUUUAUAUUUUUACAAAAUUGUUAUUCUAGGUAACUAAAUUGAUUUAUAUUUUGUUACGUACUGUAAUUAUUACGAGUGACGCGACGUCUAGGCAAAAAGUUACUUACUAGAGGAACUUAGGUAACUUGUGUACAUCACUGUUAUUGAUUAAUGUUAAUCAAAAACUUAGAAAAAUUGUGACCACUUUUUGCAAGACAAAAAGAGGUUUGAAAGUAUUUGAACAGAGUCUAUUUCAAACUCUGACUGUAAAUAUAUAAAUAAUUUUGUUGACUUGAAAUUAGACAUAGCAUGGCAGGUUUAUUAAAAUAAAUCUGCUCCAAGGUGUUUCACACCCAAAAUCUAUUUUGAUUAUUUUAUCCAAUGACAAUACUACAUAAAUAAACAGGAAUUUGAAAAAAAAUAUAAUUUUAUUAAAAUGUGCCAUAGGAGCGGUAAAAAUUGCGUGCUCCAAAAUGAAAAAAGGAUAAAGGAAAGCAUUAAAAUGGAACAAUAAAAGAUAUGGCUGACUUUA